AUGACUACUCAAAAUGAGACUUUACUACAGGAUUUCAUCUUGCUUGGUUUCCUCAGGACCCAGGCCCUUCAGCUAUCUCUUUUUGUGCUCUUUCUCAUGAUGUCUACAAUUGGAGGUAACAUGGCUAUCCUGUUGGUGGUGAGUACCUCCAACCAAUUGCAUACCCCCAUGUACUUCUUUCUGAGCAACCUCUCUUUCCUGGAGAUUUGGUACACAGCUGCAGUCCCCAAAGCUCUAGCCAUUCUGGUUAGAAGAAGCCAGAUCAUAUCCUUCACAAGUGUCUUUUGCAGAUGUACCUGGGUUUUCUCAUUCGGCUGCACAGAGUACUUUCUCCUGGCAACCAUGGCUUAUGACUGCUAUCUGGCCAUCUGCUUUCCUCUACACUAUGGGAUCAUCAUAAGUAGCCUGCUCUCUAUGAAGCUGGCUCUCGCCUGGGUCUGUGGUUUCCUGGCCAUUGCACUGCCAACAGCACUCAUCAGCAGCCUAUCCAUCUGUGGCCCUCAUGCUAUUAAUCACUUCUGUGACAUUGCACCUUGGAUAGCCCUGGCCUGCACUAGCACACAGGCAGUGGAGCUGGUGUCUUUUGUGAUUGCUUUUGUAGUCAUCUUGAGUUCCUGUCUGAUCAAAUUGCUCGUCUCCUACAUAUACAUCAUCAGCACCAUCCUCAGGAUCCCCUCUGCCAACGGCAGAAGCAAAGCCUUUUCCACUUGCUCCUCCCAUCUCCCUGUGGUGCUCAUCUGGUAUGGUUCCACAAUUUUCAUCCAUGUCUACACAUCCAUCAAAGAUGCUUUGGAUCUGACCAAAGCUGACCAUGUCCUCAACAUGGUGACUCCAGUUCUAAACCCCUUCAUAUACAUGCUGCGCAACAAGGAAGUCAGAGAAACUCUUCUGAAGAAAUGGAAGAGGAAAUAA